AUGACGGAUAAGCACUCUGCCGCCGAGAGCGAAGACAAUUUAGACAGGAGGACACUGUUUGUGCAGUCGAUUCCUGUUGAGGCCACAAAGGAGGAACUGAACGAGUUUUUCUCCCAAUAUGCCCCAGUGCGACAUUCGGUUAUUGUCACUGACACAGAGGGCAAGAGCAGAGGGUUUGGGUUUGUUUCGUUUGUGACGGACGAGGACGCCCUCAGUGCCCUCAAGGAAACCAAGAAGGUCAAGUUCCAGAACAAGCUGCUGAGAGUGUCUAUUGCCAAACGGAGACAGCGAAAGGAUAAACAAAACAAACAGGCCAAGCCGGUGGACGAUGCAAAAUUCAAGGCACAGGAGAUUGCGCUGAAAAAGAGUGCGAAGCUGAUUGUGCGCAAUCUGCCGUGGUCGGUGAAAGACCCAAACGAGCUGGUGAAGGUGUUUUUGAAGUUUGGUAAAGUGAAGGAGGCCCAUAUUCCCAAGAAGAAGGACGGCAAGAUGUCUGGGUUUGGAUUUGUAACGAUGAUGAAGCACGCUGCGGCCGAGAAGGCUGUCAAGGAGACCGUGGGGUUGAAGUUGCAGGGCCGUGAGGUGGCUGUUGAUUUUGCUAUCGAUAAGAACAAGUGGGAGGAGUUCAGGAAGGAGAAGAGCGAUGAGAGAGAGGACGAGGAAGACGAUGGGGAAGAAGAGAGCGAGGAGGAGGAAGAGGAAGAAAAGUCAGAGAAAGAAGAGUCAGAGGAAGAAGAGGCCAAAGACGAGACAGACGAAUCAAAGGAUGACGAGUCCGAGUCUGACGGUGAGGACCUCAACUUCAACAGGCCGCGUCCGAACAAGCAAGAAAACUUCUCUAUUUUUGUGCGUAACGUUCCCUACGACGCCACGAGAGAAUCUCUAGAGGAGCACUUCUCCAAAUUCGGACCGAUCAAGUACGCUCUCCCUGUCAUGGACAAGGACACCCAGUUGGCCAAAGGGUCUGCGUUCGUGGCAUUCCGGCGCGAGGAGGACUACGAGGAGUGUCUUUUGAACGCGCCAGAGGUGAAUCCGAACUCGAUGCUCAUCCCAGACGACGUUUCCCCGUUGUAUGUCUACGAAGGCCGUGUUCUGCAGAUCACUGCCACCGUGGACCGCGAGUCUGCUGCCAGAAUGGCCGAGCGCAACGCUCUUGCGCGAAAAGAGCUUCUGGGCCGUGUUCCAACGGAGAAAGACAAGCGUAAUCUUUUCCUGCUGAACGAAGGACGCAUAACCUCUGGCUCGAGACUGGCCUCGCUGAUCAGCAAAACGGACCUGGACGUCCGUGAAAAAUCGUACAAUCUGCGUGUGCAGCAGCUGAACAAGAAUCCGUCGCUGCAUCUGUCGCUGACGAGACUCGCCAUCAGAAACCUGCCUCGUGCCAUGAACGAGAAGGCUCUGAAGGCCCUGGGGCGCAAGGCGAUUGUCCAGUUUGCGGCUGAGGUCAAGGAGGGAAAGAGGCAGCCGCUGAACAAGGAGGAGCUUGCCAGAUCACAGAGACACAAGGAGUUCAUUGAGGAGAAGCUAGGAAUCACGCCAGAGGACAAGAAGCGCAAAAAGCAGACGGGUGUGGUGAAGCAGGCCAAGAUCAUCAACGAGGUGAAGGGCUCAGGCGUGCUGGGCAGGUCCAGAGGAUACGGGUUCUUGGAGUUCCGAGACCACAAGCACGCGCUGAUGGCGCUGCGGUGGCUGAACGCUCACGAGGUGAGUCGCGAGGACAUUCUGGUUGGGCUGACGGAUGAGCAGAAGAAGGUGGCUGAGAGCGAGGGCACGAUAACCAAGCGUCGGUUGAUUGUGGAGUUUGCUAUUGAGAACGCCAAGGUGGUGAAGCGGCGACACGAGCAGAUCGCUUUUAGCAGGGCCAAGAGCCACAAGAGAGACGGCGAGGGCCAGGAGAGUGGCAGAGAUAGAAAGCGGCUGAGAGUAAGCAGCCGCGACGAGAGAGCGGACGGCGGCAAAAGAGAUGCAAACGGCAGCCAAGGCCAGUCGAAGCGCAGAAAGGCAGACACCCAAAAUGUGCCCGAAACCAGCAAGAGCGGCCUUCCGAACGACGUCAAACGGUUGAUCGGGUUCAAGAGAAAGCGCAGACACGCGAAGAAAUAG